AUGCAGAGGAAUCCAGCCAAUUGCAGUCUUGCUUUCUGCACACCCACGGCUUCUUGUAUAGAUGUGCACAACAACAUUUCAGAGUCAUUUAACAAUGCCAUUGAUCCUUCAAGAUAUUAUCCAAUGGUUGAGAUGCUAGAGAUAAUCCGGAGAAGAGCUAUGCAGCGUAUAGAAGCAAGGAAGAAGACGGCUGAAGAUCACAAAGGAAGAUUCACUAAAAGAGCCACUGCAUUCAUAGCUGAAGAACAAACAAAGCUAAAGUUCACCAAGUAUGUGUCCGGCUCAUCAGAUGGAAGGUGUGAGGUUCUUGACUGUGGAAAAUCUGUCAGCUUGCACAUGGGAAUGAGGACUUGUGCAUGUAGGAAGUGGGAGAUGAGUGGACUACCUUGUCGUCAUGCAUUGAGGAUCAUUAAUAAGAAGAAGCUUAACUAUGAAGACUACACAUCUGAAUGGUACUCCAAUGCAAAGCAGAAUCAUAUUUAUUCUUCCUCAAUAGAACCAGUCAAUGGUUUACGAUUUUGGAAGAACUCUGGCUCUGUGAUCAAGCCUCCUCCUGCUUUGGUUGAAGAGAUUCAGAACACAAAAGGAAGAAAACCGAAGCCUAAGAGGAAGAAGGCAAGACAUGAAUCUCCAACAAAAAAAGCUUCAAGAAAGAAGAGGAUUAUGCAUUGUGGACGAUGUGGAGAAGCUGGCCAUAAUGUUACCAAGUGCAAGAAUCCGGUUUCAGAGAAGAAUAAGUCAAAGAAGAAAACUCCAAUAGAUGAUGGAUUAGACUCGCUUACUCAAACUCAAACAACACAAGAUCAGGAGUGA